AGCAAUAAAAGUAAUGUGUAAUCUGCUGAUUUUGAGGUAUUUGUCCAACUGUGCCUCCACCUCAGCAUCUAUCUCAGCAAAAAGAAGGCCACGCCAGACCACGAGGGGCUGAUGAGCAGACUGUUAAAUGUUAACGGAAGGGUUAAGAGAGGGGCUGAUUUGCCACUGCAGAUUUAAAUUUGAAGAAAUCUCACCUUCAGUAAUUCUCAACAAUGGCCCUUGAGACUAUUGAAUGGGAUCAAGGAUGGGAUUGCAUACAGAAUGGGAUCACAAAAUUGAAGAGGAUUUUGGAGGAGAAGCCAGAGCAACCAUUUAGCUCAGAAGAAUAUAUGGAGCUUUACACAACAAUCUACAACAUGUGUGAACAGAAGCCUCCUCAUGAUUAUUCCCAACAGCUUUAUGACAAGUACCGGGAAGCUUUCGAGGAGUAUAUUACUUCAACGGUGUUGCCAUCUUUAAGAGAGAAGCAUGAUGAGUUCAUGCUAAGGGAGCUUGUUAAAAGAUGGUCGAAUCAUAAAGUCAUGAUCUUCUGGCUGUUGCGAUUCUUCCAUUAUCUUGAUAGGAAAUUCAUUCCUCGGAGAUCACUUCCUGCACUUAAUGAAGUUGGAUUAACAUGCUUCCGUGAGCUGGUAUACAAUGAAAUAAAUGGUAAAGUCAGAGAUGCAGUAAUUACCUUGAUUGACAAAGAACGUGAGGGAGAACGGAUAGACAGGACACUACUGAAGAAUGUGUUGGAUAUUUUUGUUGAGAUUGACAUGGAAUGUUAUGAAAAAGACUUUGAAGAACCCAUGCUCAAUGAUACUGGUGGGUACUAUUCAUGUAAGGCGUCCAGCUGGAUUUUGGAGGAUUCUUGUCCGGAUUACAUGUUAAAGGCAACACUCUCUUCAUAUGCCUUAGUGGGAUUGUGAUUAUAUGUAU